AUGUGCUUCUUCGAGCAGACUCGAUGGGCAUGCGGAUUCUGGGAGUGGGGCAAGUUCCGAGAACAGUGCCCGAGAGAACACCGGACCGGAGAGACAUGCGGGCUUAGACUCAUCUGGUCUACGCAGCACGAAGGCGACGUUUGCAAGGUCUGCCAGCAGAUAGCGAGGAUACAGCCCCGGAUGAAGAAGAUGAAUACGGAUAUCGACAGAUGGAGGCGACAAGGGAACAGAACAGCAAAGCAACGCUUAAGAGGACCGAAGCCGGUUUGA